CGCUGACUGAUGUCAUAGUCAUCCUGAAGCGUCCACGCUGGACCGUUCCAACGCGGCGAACAGCUCAGUGUUAACUAUCAUCAGCUCUAAGCAAGGAAUGCCGCGCAAAUUUGUUGCAGAGGACGAGCGUACUCCAGGAAACACGCAUGUGCUCCUCAUCACCACCGGGAGCGUCGCCUCAAUCAAGGCGCCUCUCAUCGUUGCUGAGUUGCUAGCGCAUGAAAACGUGAAAGUUGAAGUGGUCGCCACCGAAGCGUCUCUUUCCUUCUAUAGCCCAGAAGCGAUUGAAAAGACCGGUGUCCGAGUAUGGCGGAACAAGGAUGAAUGGGGAGCAUAUGGUGAAUACACCAUAGGUGACCCAAUACUGCACAUAGAGCUACGCCGGUGGGCAGACAUCGUCCUCAUUGCCCCCUGUUCGGCGAACACAAUAUCCAAAAUUGCGAAUGGCCUCUGCGAUAACCUUGCGACGUCCCUCCUACGGGCCCUCGCCCCAACCACGCCGACAUACGUGUUCCCCGCCAUGAACACGCUCAUGUACGAGCACCCCUUAACAGAGCGGCAUCUGCAAACCAUAAAAGACAUUAUCGGGUACUCCGUCGUCGGCCCUAUCGGCAAGAAGCUCGCUUGCGGCGACGUCGGGCUCGGGGCAAUGACAGAAUGGCGGGACAUCGUGCAGAUUGUCGUCGAUAAGUUCGGCCUGGUGAAGAAGACCGCGACGGUCCUGUAAUCGUCUCAUCUCCGUGCGCGCGUGCGAUGCUAUAUCCGUAUGGCUACAUUACUCUACUGAACUUUGUCCGGGUCUUUAAACUUACACCGACACCACUGUAUCUACGUGUACACCGGUCACCGGUGUAUCAUGCCUUCACGAGGAUCCA